UAACGACAAUGCAAGCUUGGAAGGGGCAAAUCUCAGGUGGGUCUGGAUCUUCACAAAAUUCACGAAGUGCAUUGAUUUGUGAAUGUGGUAAUGAAGCGGUUGUGCGGACGGUGAAACACGGUCCGAAUGUUGGAAUGAAAUUCCAUGGAUGCCCUUUAUGGCCAAAUACAACAUGUAAAUUUUUCAGAUGGAUACCUGGUAACAAUCAAAUAGAAGAGCUUGAGUGUAAGAUUUUGGAGAAGGAUUCUAUGAUAAUGAAGAUGGAGCAGGAGCAACAAUUAAUGGCAGAGAAAAACAAGAAAUUGCAGGUGAAAAAAGAGAAUCUGGAGGAAGAGAAUCAAGAGCUAAAAAUCGAGCUUUGCCACACGCGUAUUGAGCUUAUGAAGACCUCUAGAAAUGAGAAGAAUUUCUCGAUGGCUUUGUUAUGUUCCUGGGUGUUUUUUUGCAUCCUGAUUAUGUAUUUGAAGUAGUUAAUCGGGAUGAAUGUUUACCCGAAUAAUUGUCUUUUGAAAACUGUAAGAGUCACGAAAAAUAAGUUUUUGUUUUGUUUUAGAUCAGUCAUUGUGUAAGUGGUUAUAAGAUGUUCAUGUAUUGAAAGAAGUUGCAUAAUUGACGAAA